AUGGGGGUGAUCUAUCGCUGCACCUACAACGACGAGGCCACGUGGCAGCAUCUUAAACAAUGGAUCGUCGAUGAGAACCGGGAAAGCAUAGCAACGUCAAAGGCACCCACACUUAUCGAUAACCUCGACAUAGUCUUCUUCGAGGACCGGGCGCGCUUCGACGGGGCCUCGCGCGACGAACUACGGGUUCAUUUCAAGGAGUGGCGAGCAGACCAGUUUACCAGGCUGGGACCUGCGGAUCUGGAGGUGAUGCGAGGUACUCGGCUCGGCGAAUUGGUGCCUCGGAUUACCAUGGUGCAUCCCGAAUUGAUGGGUUCGAGGUUUCAACAGUUUAUCGAGGUUGAUGAGGAGUCGCUACACAGUAUGCGCGAGGGGUUCGACGAGCCCGUUAGACCGUACGGGACCGGACAUGUUGAUUUGGUGUACGCUGAUUGGCCGCAUGACCUAGAGGACUCUGAUGAGGAUGAAAGCCAGGAGGAGUAUGAAGAUUAUGAGGUCUUUGAGCCCAUUGAUGGGUGUACAGAGGAGAAUGUGGGGUGGAUGAAGGUGGUGGCUACUGGGCUGGGCCCGCCCUUCUUCUUCUUGUCGUAUGGCAUCGAAUGGUGGCAAGAAAGUUAUGUACGACCGCCAGACGUUCUCUAUAUCUGA